AUGGCGGUGGAACGCGAUCCCGAACGAUGUGAACGUCACCGGGCAGCCCUGCCAAAGGUGCAGGUCGCUUGCUCCGAGGUGACACCUCAGAACAUCAUGUCGCUGAUACAGCCGGCGCUGGAUUCUGUGGAUGAAAUUGAUGUGCUGAAGGUGGAUAUCGACUCCUAUGACUGCCCUGUGCUGGAAAUGAUCUUGCCGGACGUUCGGGCGAAGAUCGUCCUGGUUGAGGCCAACCCAUCCAUCCCUCCACCUUACCAGUGGGCGAUGCUGCACCAUCCGGAGCUUUGGAGCUUUUUCAACUCCUUCCAUAGCCCCGAAGAGGUUCCCAUCCGGGGGUGCUCGCUGGCAUACGAGGUGCAGUUGCUCCGACGUUAUGGCUAUGACCUCGUGGCGUUCGGAGGACACGAUGCGGUCUUCACCCAUGAGUCGGUGCGCAGCGCGUUCAAUCCAUACCAUGUGCCGAUGGAUGAGUUUGAUUGCUACAAUGAGGCGGGGUAA